UGGAGUUCCACAGCGACCGACCGCCAGGAAGCCAUGAGGUGGUUCAAGAAUGCCAGGAUCAAACCGGGAUGUGACCCGACAGUGUUUUAUACCGGCCUACAGUUGUCGCUGGAUCAAACCUUGCCGGGACCUGUCGGAGUGUCGCGCCAACAUUUGCCGCCUGACCAGUUCGUCGAGGGUGUGCAGUCGCUGCUUCGUAUCCAGUUGCGCUUGUGGAUUCCCGUGACGAUAUUCUGUUUUCUUUCAGGUCCGCUUUUCUACAGGUUGGUCGGUCUGUUGCUGCGCACUAUGGAUGACUUGCCGACCUUGUUUCCAUCACUUCUUAAGACCUAUCAAGAAGUAACCAGUUUUAGUGGAUCACACUCGAGUGACGAAUUCAACGCAAAAAUCAAGCGUGCAUGCUCAUUGUGUGAAAAAGCCGUUGACCUCGUAAAUUCUUUGCAACUGUUCAGCAAGAACGAAAAUGUUGAUGAUCUUACCUCGACAGAAAUUAGAUAUCUCAUAAUUCCCGCGCUCUAUGGUUAUUUUCUCAGUCAACGCAAUGAUGAACGCCUUCAAAACAUUCGGACCGCCCUAACUCUCUAUAAAGAGUUUGGUGGACUUUGUUCCUCUUACGGAAUCUGUGAACCAAAUUUGAAGGAUUCAAAACUCGCUCCUGCUGCUGCUGCUGCUUUGCCCAGCAAUGAUGCUUUUCUCACCCGAGAAGCCAAGAUAAAACGAUACAAAGAAAAGAAAGCUCUGGAAGAAAAGAUGGGAUCUUUAUCCUCAUACCUAGACCAACCACAUGUGGAUGAAGAGAUAACGCGAGAGUAUCAUCUGACUCUCGUGCGACACUGGGCACUCCUUGCUGAGGACGAAUACCCUACUUUGGUACAAGAGGAACAAAUUUUAUCGCUCAGUCCGCAAGACUUCAAAGAGCAGACGCAGCCAGCAGCGCCAGGGGGCAAACCGUUCAAGCCCUUCAUUCUCACUCGGAAUGCGGUUCAGGCCGCUGUCUUUGGAGCCGGCUAUCCUAGUCUGCCAACCAUGACGGUGGAUCAGUUUGCUGACGAACAGCACGAUCGCCCUCGAAAUCUGGUCACACUGCUCGGUCGCAUUGCACAUCCAGAAUCAAUCACCCUUGCAGCGUUUGACCUAAAAGUUUAUUUGGUUGAUUCUUAUGCCUUUAAAUUGCCUUUCAGAAAGUUGUUCAAUUGUAAAAAUCAGGACAUGUCACGAAAAGCCAAAGUGCAGUAUAUCGAAAGUGCGGAACCAUCCUUCAUUCGGGAAUUUAAACAGCGUGCUGGGAUAGGCAACAUGCCUUCAGUGGACACGAAGAAAGAAAGCCUGUUGAGUAAUUCUAAUGAGGAUGGAGAUCGCCCGGACGAACAACCUCAAAUUGUCUUGGACCCAAAUUGUGGGGUUUCUGAAUCUGAGGCCCGUUCGUUUCUUGAGCAACACACAGUAAAAUCACUCACGGAAGAAAACCGGUCGACUGUUGCCCAGAAACCAUCGUCUGAUGCUAAAGAACCUCUAAGCCUAUCACAAGCAAAACCGGGCAAAAUUCUCUACCGGCCGACCGCCGAACGCACCACAAACGGCCGAGCUAAGGAUACUGUACGUAAUAAGACACGCUACAUGGAUGAAACUGGUGCUUCCUCGCGUGACCGAUCACCUCUGAACCGCAAAGCUGACAAGUCAACCAAGAAACCGGGUUUAUUGUCGUUUAAUCCAGAGGACGAGGACGAUGAAUGAAGUCGACUCCGAUUCUUCCGUAUAAAUGUAAAUUUUCAUGCAAACCCUGAAUCUCAAUAUCUCAAAAUACCGUCUGGC